AUGGCAGACCCACCAGGGGUCCCAGAGUUUCCAUUGGGAGCUGACCAGCAGCAUGGAGGAUAUCCAGUUCAUCCUCCACACCCUCCACGACAAAUCGGAGCUGCUGACACUCCGACUUCUCAUGUCAACCGCCACGGAAUCACCCCACCACCAGUCCCCUUUAACUUUGAAAUCAAGACCAGCUUGAUCUCAUUGGUGGAGAGUUCAGUGUUUCAUGGCAUGAAGGAUGAGGAUCCAUUGAAGCAUCUUGACAAGUUUGACAGAAUUUGUUCUUUGCAGCAACUCAAUGGAGUUUCUGAAGAUGGUUUCAAGUUAAGGCUUUUCCCUUUCUCUCUAGAGGAUAAAGCUCUCACUUGGGAAGCAUCUCUGCCUGCUGGAUCAGUCACCACUUGGGCACAGUGCAAGCAAUCUUUCUUGGCUAAGUUCUUUCCAACCUCAAGAACAGCACAACUGCGCAAUGAUAUCUCCGGUUUCACGCAAAUGCAUGGAGAAACUUUCUGUGAGGCAUAUGAGCGCUUCAAGGGCUACCAGAUGCAGUGUCCUCACCAUGGUUUCUCUAAAGAGAAUCUACUGAGUACCUUGUACAGAGGAACAUUACCCAAAUACAGAAUGCAUCUUGAUUCAGCAAGCAAUGGUUACUUCAUGGGUAAAGAUGUUGAUGCUGGAUUGAUUUUAGUUGAGAACGUUGCCACUAGUGAUGGAAGCUAUGGUGAAGAUUGUGACAGAGCUGAGAGAGGCAGUCUUGCUCAAGAAGAGAAUCACAAGAAGGAGCUCAAGACUCUCAAUGAUAAGCUUGACAAGCUACUGUCAGGUCAGAAAAAGCAAGUGCACUUCAUUAAUGGUGAGGAGAUUCAAGAGAAAAAGCUCAACUAUGUGGACAGCCAAGAUGGAAACCAAUGGGUCUAUUACAAGCACGGUUUUUCUCCACAAGAUCUUGGGUCUACUCAAGCUCAAGGAAGCCACAAUUCUGGUCAAGAGGCAGAGAUGAAGACCAUAUUGCAACAGAUAAUCCAAGGACAAGCUAAUGGUGCCUUAGAGUUGAACAAGAGGAUGGUUGAGAUUCACAAUAAGGUUGAUUGCUCAUACAAUGAUCUAAACAACAAGUUUGAGUCUCUAACUACCAAAGUGCUUACCUUGGAAGCUAAAGUUGGUGGUUCUUCAUCAUCAAGUACAAAGGAGUAUUGUCAUGCAGUUUUCUCUACUAAAGAUGGUGUGGCUGAGACUGAAGAGAAUGAGAGAGCUAUAGAAGAACUUUACAGGCUCCUUCAUGGUACAAGUGUUGAGAUUUCAGUGAAUGAGAGACUUCUCAAGCUGAAAAACGAAAUGCCAAGGAGGAAGCCUCAAAGAUUGUUGCAAGAGAAGAAACCAUCAAGGUUGAGCCUCCUCUUUACAAACCAGAGCUUCCAUUUCCUGAGAGAGUUCUCACUAAAGCUCAAAAGAAGAGUGGCAGCGCUUCUUGAGCUCUCUACACCCCCAGAUCCUUCCCAUAUCACGCCAACCUCCAUUCCCAAGCUUGAGAAACAAGGGAAGUUCACAUUGCCUUGCACCCUUGGAGAUUUGAAGCUUGAUGAUGCUCUUGUGGAUUCUGGAGCAAGUGUGAAUCUGAUAUCACUUGCCAUGGUUAAGCAGCUGGGUAUAAAGAGCAUGACGCCUCCUACAUCUUCUAUCAUGUUUGGAGAUGCCUCUUCUAAGUCUCCACUUGGUCUAAUCAAGGAUUACCCUUUAAAGAUAGGAGACUGCAAGGUUCCAACUGAUCUGACUGUUUUGGGUAUGUAUGGAGAUAAGGAAGGUACCAUUGAUCCUUGGAACACCAUUCCUUACAACUGUUGGAGCCUCAAUUGA